AUGUCUCAAUCUAUAUCUUUCCUUCCGCCUCCCAGAUCGUUGGCUACGUCGUACGACCGUACUAAGCUGGCUGCCAACCAACCAGCUCGCGAAAUCCCUAGAACAUUCAAGGACGCCAUGACCAUUCGCGAGCGUGUCUACGUCGAGGAGCAAAAAGUGCCUCUCGAAAACGAAUUCGACGACGACGAUCCACGCAGCUUUCACUGGGUCGUAUAUGUCUCCCACGGCGCCUCGCCUGGAUCCGAGGGUACCCCUGCUACCGGUUCCAAGUCCGCGCCGCCCCAAAGCGAGCACCGCCAGAGCGACCCGACCGCCAACCGCGUCGCCGUUGGCACCAUUCGCCUUGUCCCACCACCCCAUCCGCCGCAUCCUGCGUCCGCCGACGCGCACAAGCCUGGCAGCUCUCCACCCACCGAGAAUACGCAUGCCAUUGGACCGUACAUCAAGCUCGGUCGUCUGGCCGUGCUCCCAGCGUACCGCAAGCUGAAGCUAGCUGCGCUGCUGGUGCGCACAGCGCUGGACUGGGCUGCCCAGAAUGGCUACCAGGUCUUAAGUCCGCCACGCGUCAAAGAGAUCGGGCUGGUCGACGUUGAGAGCCCCGCAGCUGAUCUUGAGUCUUGGGAUGGUCUGGCUCUCGUGCAUGCCCAGAGUUGGCUUGAAGGGUUCUGGGGCAAAUUUGGGUUUGUUAAAGACGAGGAGAUGGGAGAAUGGGAUGAGGAAGGCAUUGUUCAUUGUGGCAUGUGGUUGAAGUUGAAGCUGCAUUGA